GGUAGCUUCAUGGAGAGUUUCCGUGUCGCUGUCAUCAGUCAGAAUCUCAUCCAACUCAGACUCCUGUAGGUGGAAGUUGACAUUUUCCCUGUCCUGAAUGUCUGCAGGAGUGGUUGUAGGAGUGGCUGUAGGAGUCUUUUCCGGGCCGAAAGAAGGUCCUGCAAGAUGUGACGUUGAUGGUCCCUUCCUUGGUCGUUUUAGGAGGUUCGGCAUCUUGAAGGGCGCUGUGGAGAGCUUGAAGGAUACUGCUGGUCUUGGGAGACGGAAACAACAGCUGACCUGAGGGUUGUUGUUGUUGUUGUAUUAAGCCAACACUUCUUGUUGGCACGGGCCUUUCCCUUGUUCGGCCCGCGCCGACCUGACCUUUUAUACCACGCUACAGCGUUGCCAUGUCGUACAGGGUUGUAAAUGUGUGAAUCGGUUUCGCCAUAGGCUACAGCGCAAUUAGCCGGCACGCGUGCUUCGCCGCAGAAAGAAAACAACGACGGCGAACGAUGCUGGUGACCCUAGCGCUUACCCCGCAGCAGUCACCGUGGGUCCCAGGUGCAAUGCCUGGAGCUACAUCAGGUGACAUUUGGCGUGACCACCCACGAUUUAUUUUGAACAUUUCAAAACUGGAGUGGGCUACGGCGACCUAGUGGGCGGAGCUUAGUGCCCGGACGACCCAUCACCGUACGUCUACGAUUUUACGUUACAUUUACGGUUUACUGACGUAAGCUGUUGCCAACUACCAAUUUCCGCUCAUGCGUGGGCGUGUGUGCUUGAUACGUGAAUGUGUGACCUUAGCAUUAGGGACGUAUCCCAAAAGGAAGUGCGUAGCUAGCUAGGCACUUCUUAGGCUUACUCUUAAGAUCCUUUAUCCUGUGAACCUCUCGCUGGUGAUAUGUUCUGUUCCCAGGAUAACCGGACAGAAAUGGGGGAUAGGCUACCCCAACACCGAAAAUUCGCACCUGAAUUCGUCCUUAGUCCACUCCAGUCUGUGACCUAGGACAGAUGUCCAAGCCAGCCCUCCAAUAAGGCCAACACAAGGGGCUAACUGGCGCCCCUGACCUCGGACAAAGCUGACGCCAUAUCCUACAAAGGUCCACUUACAUAAGGCAUCCAGAUCUUUGCCGAAUCACGUGUCAUGUCUCCUCGCUCGCAAGUGCUUCCUUAACGCAAGAAAACUAUGAGUAAUUUUGGAAACCAGCAUUGAUGUAAAUCUGAUUUUGGCCAGCCGUUCCCUAUUGUGAACGAUAGGAUUGGUCCACGUGCGGACAAGUUGCUCUUACUUUAUCCCAGGCCAUUCAACGGCCUCUUGUAAAUAAAUAAUGUAGAUUAAUUAUCUGGUUUCCAUGGCGACCUGUCUAGAGUAAAAAUAACCAAACCAAUCCUUUUUAAGAACUGCCAGAAGAGCUCACAAUGGACGAGAUGGUGAAAGGAAAAAAUGGGAGAAUCGUCAAAUGGCAAGGCGAGGUUCCCUUUCCGGAGAUCCCGAACGCCAACUUCGCAUCCUUCCUGUUGGCUAGGAUGUCCAAACACGGAGAAAAUGACGCUGCCCUGGUAAAUGGUCAAACAGGUGCGGCCUACACUUACGGCGACCUCCUACGCAACAUACCCAAGAUACGAAGCGGUUUGGUCACCGCUGGAGUGCGCCCGGGAGACAAGGUGUUUUUGGGCUGCAGGAACCACAUCGACAUGCCCGUGGCCCUGUUAUCCAUUAUCCUUGCCGAGGCCACUUGUGUCCUUGUCAAUCCAGCUUCGACUAAAGAGGAGCUAAAGCACAUCAUCGGCCUAAGUGAGUCUCGGUGGGUCAUAGCGCAGGACGAGAAGGUGGCUCAGACAGUGGAGGACGCUUUCAAGGAACUGUCACCCAACGCUUUUCAGCAGCUCUGGGUGAUCGAUGAAACUACCUCGGCCAGACCCUCCCUCAGUGACCUCAUUUCCUCAUCGACACCUGAGCUUCCGCAUAAGAAAGAAGUCUUUGACGCUGCCACAACUGUUGCACUGAUGCCCCUCUCGUCUGGUACCACGGGUCUUCCGAAAGGCGUUAUGCUGUCUCACCGCAACUUAAUUGCUACGCAGAUUCAAAGGGCGUUCUCGGCAAGUCUCUCUCCACUACGCGGCAUCAACGUCUAUCAGUCAGCUAUAAUCAUCAUCCCAAUGUACCACAUGAUGGGGUUUAACAUGGUGAUGAACACUUUAUUCAGCGGAGGGAAGGCGGUUAUCUUCCCGAGGUUUACUCCCAAGGAAUAUUUUAGCGCCAUCGAAAAACAUAAGGUAACCCUCUCCCCGGUCGUCCCAUACGUCUUGCGGUAUCUAGAAACGUCGCACACCAUGAAGAACCACGACCUCUCGUCUCUCAUCACGUUCGUAACGGGUUCCGAACCUGUAUCAGCAAGUACACUGACAAACGUCACUAAAAAGAGCGGACGCAUGGCUAUGCAAGGCUGGGGAAUGAGUGAAACUACUGGCAUAGGCACAGCUACUUCCACCCAGACGUACGACAAAGAAGGCUGCGUCGGAAAGUUUCAGCCGUUCUUCCAAGCAAAGGUUAUUGAUCUUGAAACCGGGGAAAUGUUGGGAGAAGGACAGGAAGGAGAGUUAUGCGUAAGAGGAGCUUCGAUCAUGUUAGGUUACGCCAACAACCCCAAAGCCACAGCCGAGACCAUCGACCCUGAAGGGUGGCUCCACACGGGUGACCUCGUGUACUUCGACGAAGAGGACAACUUUUAUGUCACGGGGAGGAUCAAGGACCUUAUCAAGGUCAAAGGAUAUCAGGUGGCUCCUGCAGAGCUGGAGAACAUCAUCAGGAAAAUGGAAGGUGUGCGAGACGUAGCCGUGGCGGGGAUCCCUGACGAACGCCUAGGCGAAGUCCCAAAGGCCUGGGUUGUGCCAAGAGCUGACGCUGUUUUAGAUACGAAGGCUAUUAUUGAGAACGUUGCAGCCCAAGUGACGCCCUACAAGCAACUGGCCGGAGGAGUCGAGGUCGUCCAUUCCAUCCCGAGGAACCACAUUGGCAAGGUGCUCCGGAGGCAACUUCGAAAGCCUUACGAGGAUAAAUCAAAAAGGUCUAAGCUGUGAAUCAGUUACAAAAGAGGAAUGCCAGUCACCAUUUUGAGUAACUUCUUGUAAAAUGAAUGUACGCAAUCUACAAAAAGGGUUUUCCGUUAUAGUAGCAAAAAUAAUAGCAAUAAAGAUGAUAACAUAUGAAUAGCAUACUGCCUUCAUAUCAGACAUAAAUAUACCAAACAAUGGUCGUUUGCCUAACUGUAAUUUUCCUUUUCUUACCAAUUAAUGAACUAUUUUGAGUAACUUCUUGUAAAAUGAACGUACGCAAUCUACAAAAAGGGUUUUCCGUUAUAGUAGCAAAAAUAGUAGCAAUAAAGAUGAUAACAUAUGAAUAGCAUACUGCCUUCAUAUCCGACAUAAAUAUACCAAACAAUGGUCGUUUGCCUAACUGUAAUUUUCCUUUUCUUACCAAUUAAUGAACUAUUUUGAGUAACUUCUUGUAAAAUGAACGUACGCAAUCUACAAAAAGGGUUUUCCGUUAUAGUAGCAAAAAUAGUAGCAAUAAAGAUGAUAACAUAUGAAUAGCAUACUGCCUUCAUAUCCGACAUAAAUAUACCAAACAAUGGUCGUUUGCCUAACUGUAAUUUUCCUUUACUUACCAAUUAAUGGACUACAUAUUGUAUAUUUCCUUAAGAUAACCACAAGUCAAAUCAAGUCAAGUAAAUAAAUUUAUGAGAAUGAA